AUGGGUCAAGCGCUGUCCGCGCAGCCAAUACACGAGGAGCCACAGCCGCAGCCUCAGCUUUGGCCCAUCUGCCUCUCUCCUUCCGAUCUUUUCUCCAACAACCCCCACCACUUCGGCCCCUACACGCCCGCCAAUGGCGGCCUUAUCCGCGCGCGCCAAAUCAUGGCGCAGCUUCCGCCGGGAGACGCGCUCCCGGGGCUCCUUUCCAUUUUCCUCGACCGCCUUUCCUCCCCGUCUCUCUCCCCGUCCUCCGAGUUUUCCGCCUAUUCCCCCCGCUUGGCGCAGGCUUCGGCGCUUGUUUCUUCCGCCUCCUCCUCUUCCUCCUCCGCGUCUUCCGCCUCUUCCUCCUUCUUCGUCUCCUCCCCAUCCCCGCGCACGCGCGCGCUCCCCCCGCCGUACUUCCCCCUCGUGCAGCCGCAGCCGCUGACCCCGCGCUCGCGUUCGCUGCUGCUUCCCCUGGGCGGGGCGGAUGACGUCAUCCGCGCGGGGCUUCUGGACGUGCAGGCGCGCGCAGAAGCGGAGUAUCAGCGCCUGGUGGAGCGGAUAGAGGAGGCGGCGGAGCUCGGCGCGGAGCUCGGCGGGGGGGAUGGCGCGGAGCUUGGCGAGAGAAGCGGGAGCGGAGGCGGAGGCGGAGGGGGAGCUCGCGGAGGUUACUGGGGCAGCGUGCGCAGUCCUGGCGGAGAAGGGAUGUAUAACAAGGGGGAGUAUGCCGGCGGGGCUUUUGGCAAUGCCGCAAGUGCGGAUGGGCGCAACGCUACGAGGACGGAGAGCGGAGAGGCGGUGGAAAGCGGUGUUUAUGUAAACGUGGAGCGAAUGGAAGAGGCGCUGCUGGUGGGAAUUGCGUUUUGGAUGGAGUUUUGGGAGCAAUGGGGGGAAGACCCGAGCGCGUCGCUAGAAGCGCCUAGGGCGCGGCGGAGAUCCCUGGAAUCUCCGCGCACGAUGCUCUGGCGCGGCGGAGAGGCUGCGCCGAUUAGGGGAAAAUGGGGCGCGGGCGCGGGGGCCGGCGCUGCGCCAAUGCCUGUGAUGGCGCUGACUAGGUCCGCGCACGCGGGAGGCGGUCCCCCAAAGGAGCGGAAGCAAGUUCCUAAUGGCGUGGAUCCUUCAGGUGCGAUGCCAGCAGCAGCAGAAGCUCCAGCGUCCCCAUCCCUUCCUCCGCCAGCCAUACCUGUGACAGCCGCAGUCCACCCUUCCCCAGUUCCCCCUUCCCCAGUUCCCCCUUCCCCAGUUCCCCCUUCCCCAGUCCCCCCUUCCCCAGUUUCACCGUCCCCAGUCCCACCCUCCCCAGUUCCCUUCUCCUCAGCGCCUCCCCCGGCCGCAGCUGGGGGGUGGUUCAGGGCGAGUCUGAGGGAGAGGGAGUAUGAGCAGUGGCAGGAUCUAUGUCGGGCGGCAGGGCGGGCGUGGGAGGAGAGGGAGGAGGCCGUUCAAGCCAGGGGCUUGAAAGAAGGCAGGAGAAGAAGCGGCAAGGAAGCUUCUUCUGCUGCGCAAGGAGGGGAGGGUGGUGCAGGGGAGGCCGCUGCUACUGCUGCUGCUGCCGCUGGUGUUGCUGGUACUGGCAGGAACCGGAGUGCUGAGGCACCAACCGGUGUGUCUUCCAGCUGGUUCCCUGUAGGCUUUGGUGCUGCUGACAGUUUCCUCACUGCUGCACCAGCACCAGCACCAGCAUCCACACCAGCAUUCGGCAGCAUGACUGGUCUUAGCCUCACGUCUCCUCUGACUGGCAUGGGCAGCAGCAGCUUCAACACCAUGCCGUCUCCAUCCUCGUCGCUCCGGCCCCCGCGCAAUCGCUCCCGGUCAGCUGCUUCAACCGUGGACAGCAGCAGCACUAGUAGUCUGAGCGCGGUCAGUCUCCUGCCCACUGUUGACGUCACCAGCGUGGCAGGCAGCAUGCUCCGGAGUUUUUCGGGCAGCUUGACGCUCUCGUCCCGCCCGAGCGAGGACGGGUCGGUUUCGGGCAGGAGCUUGCGGAGCAACGCGAGUGCUGUGGGGCAUGGGAGGAGGAGGUGGAGAUCCACCACUAGAAACGGGCUGCAGCAGAAAUUAGUCCAAGAUGUGCUUUUACUGGAUGGGACUGAAACGGAUGUGCCGCCGAGCUAUGCUGACGUGGCGCGGAUGCUGGGGCUUGCAGGGUCGUUGGCGGAUCGCCAGCCUGUCAGCAUGGCGCUGUGUAUUCUGCGUGUGUUAGAUAUGGUCGGCCAGACUCGGCCUUUUAUGCGCGUGGAGGAAGGGAGCGAUGUGAGUGACUUGGAGAGAGAGGAUUGUGAGGAGGGCGAGGAGGAGGAAGGGGAAGGAGAAGAGGAGGCGGAGGGAGCGGAGGGAGAAGGAAGAGCAGAGGAGGGAGGGAAAGAUGGGGGGUUUAGGGAGGGAGGUGGGGUGGGGCAGGAAGGAGAGUGUGUGUUGCGUUCAGACGAGGUUGGGGAGGGACGUCCCCAUAACGAGUCCAAUCACCAAGCUGAAAGCAAUGACUGUGGCCAAGAAAAGGGAGGAGGAGAAGUAGGAGUGGAAGAGGUAGGGGAGCAGGCCGGGAAAGAGGCAUGGGCCGAACCAGAAACCCCUGCCACCGACCGCAGCAACAGCGUCAGGAACCGAAACAGGUUCGGCGACGACAGGCUCAGGGACGACAGGUUCGGCGCGGGAGGGAGGAGGGAGCUGGUGAAUGUGGAGGAGGAGAUGGAGAGGUACGCAGUGGACAAGGCGUGCAGGCACUUCAUAGUCUCGUGCCUGCUGGAUCUGCUUCAGCUGCACGCCCACCACGCCUGCCGCCCCCACCAGCAGCAGCCCUGCUUCAACCUCCCUGCCACUCCUGCCACGCCUGCGCCGACGGCAAAGGGCGCUUCUGAGCUGGUGGUAUCCAAUCAGGUGGUUCCUGAGCAGGUUGUACCUGAGCAGGUUGUAUCUGAGCAGGUGGUAUCUGAGGCAGGAGCGCCGUACCGCCUGGGAGAGCUAGCAGAGGUGCUACUAGUAGAAUCAACAGUGGCGACCAACGGGAUGAACCCCAUCGAAUGCGCUCAUCUGGACAGGCUGUAUCUGACCCACGGUACCGUCCAGGGGGGGCUGCAUUUAGGCCCGGGGAUUCUCGCCCUAGCUGUCGCCCUCGCCAUGCAGUCGCUCCCGAGCCUGUGGCCUGAUGACGUGGCAGAAGUGGCAGAGUUUUUAGAGGAGAUGGGGUGUGAAGAGGCCGGGUAUCGGGCGCGGGUGCGGGUGCUGGGGAGCGUGUAUGCUACUGAGGCGGAUUGUAAGGAGGUUAUAAGGCGUACGGUGCGGCCGAGAGGGGUGGAGCCAGUGAGGCGGAGGAUUCAGAGAGUGGUGGGGGUGGCGGAGACGGCGCUAACCCAUGCGCCGACUGAGGCGUCGCGAUCAGCGUAUGUGAGGAGGUUCUGUGAUGCUCUUAUGGAGGAGUUGCUGCAGGUGCUUCCUGAGGCUCUCCCGGAGGCUUGGCCCGAGCCUGCUCCCAUGCCUCCCCCGAGGAGUUUGAGUGGAGGGAGGGUGGGGAAUGGGGAGAGGGGCUGGACGGAGGUGUUUUCGCCUCCGCCUCUUUCCUGCCCUGCCGCCCUGCCGGCCUCAGUGUCUCUUCCUAAUGGCCUCACUGCUGGUUCACCAGCAGCAGCACCAGCAGCAGCUGCUGCUGCAGCAGUUGCUGUGGUUGACGCCGAGCAGAGCUCACACUCAUGCCAUGCCACCAGCCAGACGCCCUUCACCACCAACCCAAACCCCCCAACAACACCUCCCGCCACCAUUAAGGCCCUGAAACCAGCCGCCCGGCUUCUGAGCAUCCUUCCCGUAAUCCCGGACUCCGAAGCAGCUCCCAUCAUUCCCUGGGUGCGGGAUCUAGCAGAGGCGUACCUGCGUCUGAGCCGGCACCUGUCUUUAGACUCAGAGGGGGUGCGACAGCAGCACGAGCGGCACACGGACGUGUGCGCGUGUAUCAUCCUGAGGUGCCUCGUGGCGGAAGUGGCGAGGGAGAGGGAAGAGGCGAGGGUGGAGGCUGCUGCGGUGGCGGUUGCUGCGGCGGCUUCUUCGCCUGGGUCGCCUGAUGCUGCUGGGAUGCCUGAGGGGGCUGGUUCGACUGGUUCGGCUGCUGCAGUUAAAGCUACUGAGGGUGGUGGUGCUGCUGCUGCUGCUACCGAUCCGGCUGUUGGUCUGCCAGGAAAUUCCGUGGAGGCCUUAUUGGGAGGGAGGGGAGGUGAGGAAAGCAGUAGCGCAGACGCACAGCAGGAGAGGAGGGAGAGGGAGGAGAGGGACGCGGCGAUGGCGGCGCUGCUAGUGCAUUUGGACAAGGCGCCGGGGGGCACGGGGUCGCUGGCAUGGAAGGCCAUUGGUCGCAUGCUGGAGCGCAGGAACCCCACCCACCCCGUGCUGCCCGCCGUGUGGGUGCGGGCCGUGCUCAACACCCACCUGGCUGUGAACGAGGAGGGAACGGGCACAGACGUGGACGCUCUCGAGCUCUUUGAUUGGUCGCUCGAGUCUCUUCUCGUCACUCUCCCAGGAGGCCCCGAAGCUGCUGCGUCCCUUCUAAAGGUCAUAGACUCUGCCGCACAAUGGGAUUCCACUGCAAGAUUGGAGAAUUCUGCUGCACAGUUGGGGAGUCCUGCUGCACGAUGGGAGAACUCCACUGUCGGUGGCUGUUCGGGUGCGGCGCGGCUGUCGGAUGCGACACGUGUCGACGUGCUACUGGCCAUUGCUGCGCGUGUGGCGUGCACUAUUUAUUGGCGGUGGCCCAGAAGGAGGGAUGCGCCGAGAUUCGUGGCUCAAGUGCUGACGCUGGCGCACGGCACAGGUGAGACUGCUUGCGCUGCUGCUGGUGCACAGCGCAGGGUGCUGCGACGCUUUGUCCUAUUGGUGUCUGGGGGGCCAAGUGGUGGGCAUGACCUCGGAGCAACUGCAGCGGGCUCUCAAGAUCGGGGAGCGCCUGUGGGGAUGGACCAUGCCCAGCCCUGCGUCCCUGCAGCAGCGCUGCGAGACGCCAGAGGAGGCGCUGGAGAUAAGGGAGAGCUGCAUUAUAUCAGUGUGAUGCUCCUCUCAUGCACAGAAGCAGACAGUGUCUCACCAUACCCCUGCACCCUCAUCACUCCUCGCAUCCCCGUGUUCAAUGCGCAGACGCCAGAGGAGGCGCGGGAGAUAAGGGAGAGCUGCAUUAUAUCAGCGUGGUAUUCCACGUCGGCGUUCCGAGGGGAGGAGCCCAUAGAGCUCAUUGGCUCGCAAUGGCCCUACAGGUAG